AUGCCCUGCGUUCAGGCUCAGUAUGGAUCAUCACCUCAAGGAGCUAGUCCUGCAACCCAGAGCUACAGCUACCACCCCGCGGGAGAAUACAGCUGCGACUUCUUAACACCUGAGUUUGUGAAGUUUAGCAUGGACUUGACCAACACUGAGAUCACAGCCACUACUUCUCUCCCAAGUUUCAGCACAUUCAUGGACAACUAUAACACCGGUUACGACGUUAAACCGCCCUGUCUGUAUCAGAUGCCCCACUCUGAGCAGUCCUCUAUCAAGGUGGAGGACGUCCAGAUGCACAACUACCAUCAGCAGAGCCACCUGCCACCUCAGUCGGAAGAAAUGAUGGCUCACUCUGGGCCUAUGUACUUCAAACCCUCCUCGCCUCACGCCCCGAGCACACCAAACUUCCAGGUUCAGCCAAAUCACAUGUGGGAGGACCCGGGCUCCCUCCACAGUUUCCACCAGAACUAUGUCGCGGCCACGUCUCAUAUGAUGGACCAGCGCAAGAAUCCAGUGUCGAGGCUUUCGCUCUUCUCUUUCAAGCAGUCCCCGCCCGGUACUCCCGUGUCCAGCUGUCAGAUGCGGUUCGACGGGCCGCUGCACGUCUCCAUGAACCACGACAACCCGGGCGUGCACCGCGGCCUUGACGGCCAGAGCUUUGCGGUGCCCAGCGCCAUGCGGAAACAGGCGGGUCUGGCCUUUCCUCACUCCCUGCAGCUCGGACACGGGCACCAGCUGGUGGACAGCCAAGUGCCAUCGCCCCCGUCCCGAGGAUCUCCGUCAAACGAGGGUCUGUGUGCGGUCUGUGGGGACAACGCAGCCUGCCAGCAUUAUGGAGUGAGGACCUGCGAGGGCUGCAAAGGAUUUUUCAAGCGCACCGUUCAGAAAAAUGCAAAAUACGUGUGUUUAGCAAAUAAAAACUGUCCUGUUGACAAACGCCGAAGAAAUCGUUGCCAGUUCUGCCGUUUCCAGAAGUGCAUGGUCGUCGGAAUGGUGAGAGAAGUUGUCCGAACUGAUAAUCUGAAAGGUCGGAGAGGACGCCUACCAUCCAAACCCAAAAGUCCACAGGAGCCCUCCCCACCCUCGCCGCCGGUGAGCCUCAUAAGCGCACUUGUUAGGACCCAUGUGGACUCCAACCCCUCCAUGUCUGCUUUGGAUUACUCCAGAUUCCAGGCUAACCCUGACUACCAAAUGACUGGAGACAACACUCAGCACAUCCAGCAGUUCUAUGAUCUCCUGACGGGCUCCAUGGAGAUCAUCCGGGGCUGGGCGGAGAAGAUCCCCGGCUUUGCUGAUCUACCGAAGCAAGAUCAAGAUCUCCUCUUUGAAUCCGCCUUCCUUGAACUUUUUGUCCUGCGGCUGGCGUACAGGUCCAACCCGGUAGAAGGCAAACUUAUUUUUUGUAACGGAGUGGUGUUACACAGGCUACAGUGCGUCCGUGGAUUUGGAGAGUGGGUGGACGCUAUCGUGGACUUUUCUUCCAACUUGCAGAGCAUGAACAUAGACAUCUCAGCGUUCUCCUGCAUUGCAGCUCUCGCCAUGGUAACAGAGCGACACGGACUUAAGGAGCCCAAACGAGUCGAGGAUCUCCAAAACAAGAUAGUCAACUGCCUCAAAGAUCAAGUGACUUUCAAUGGCGGUGGAUUGAAUCGUCCCAACUACUUGUCAAAACUCUUGGGAAAGCUCCCUGAACUGCGCACACUAUGUACCCAAGGUCUGCAGCGUAUCUUUUACCUAAAACUAGAAGAUCUAGUCCCUCCGCCAGCAAUAAUUGACAAACUUUUCCUCGACACCUUACCUUUCUGA